AUGUCGUCGUCGUCAGCAGCAGCAGCGGCACAGUUUCCCCCACCCCAGCUCAAGGCCGCGGCCGAGGAAGUCGCCUCCCUGCUCAAAUCACGCGGCGAGACCGUCUGCGUGGCCGAGACGGCGGCGGGUGGGCUGAUCAGUGCGGCGCUGCUGGCCACGCCGGGCGCGAGCAAGAUAUACCGUGGCGGCUUGACGCUGUACACCUUGGAAUCCCGGAUCGCGUUCGCCGGCUGGCAGCAACGUGACAUUGAUGUCUAUGACGGGCCGACGCCGACACUGGUCGAGGGACUGGCGCGCAGUGUCAGGGACAAGUUGGACGCGACGUAUUGCAUUGGCGAGGUAUGUCCUCUGUCCUCCAUCCUCUGUCCUGUUCGUGCGAGAUUUGGAUCUGUCAUAUGA